CCCCGGAGAGACGAUACUGCUGAAGCAGCACCGCGUGGCAUGUCUAGAAACGUUCUCUGAACCUGCGGUCGGUUCUCUCUACAUUACAAACUUCAGACUAAUCUUCAACGGCAACUCUAUGCAAGUGAGCUGGUCCUUUUCUCCGCCUCUCUUUCGUAACUCACAAACUCACACAAAUUUCUUUACUUCCUCUCACUACCCCCUCCUCGGUCAAUUCCUCUUUCCCCCUGCCUGUUUUCCAACUCAGUAUGAAACGCAUGGUGUAAAAUAACAACAUAGUUGAUCAAUACUUUAGUUUAUAAAAUCCCGUUUCCAAAGUGACACGACAGUAAAAGUAUGCCCGUAAGACGACAAGUUCAAAGGUCCCCUAUUGGCAUAUAGCGAAGGGCGAAAACUUGGAAUUCAGCGGAGAACGCCAAGAAGACUCGUUGGUUACUUGUAACCACCAGCAACAUUUGUGGAAACUGCCAAUGGUUUUCCACUAGCAUAUGGGGUUUGUUCGUGUGCUGUAUGUUGUCAUUGCAUGGAGUUUUAACCCCUCCACCACUGUUUAAAAUCCGACAGGACCCGGAGAGUCGUGAGGCGAUGCAGGAAGGUCUCCUACUGAGGAAGGAGCACGCGUUCACGCUGGACUCCGGGAAACUGCCCAGGAUGAGGAACACUCGCUCUGGGGCCACUUUCAAUUCCUACCUAACCGACCCUGACCAGGCUCCUGCAAGUUCCUCCUCAAAGUGGAUGAGGUUGAACUCUCUGAAACGAACAAACCGCUCAGCCAGCGAAAACACACUCUCGACGCGUGGUGUCAGGAAAUCUUCGUCUCUCCGCCGCCCUCCUCUCAAGAAGAAACAGCAUGAGUCGACAGACAGUGUAGGCAACGAACCUACUAGCAGCAGUGGAGGAGGAGAAGGAGGAGGAGGAGGAGGGAAGGUUCUGGGGGAGAUUGGAUCCCUCCUUCACCGCGGCGCCCGCAGCCUCCACAUCCCCAACAAGCGACGCGGAGUCGUUCAGAGAGAGAGCGGAGGCAUUCAGUGGGAUUCCGUCUCCUCCAUCUCCUCCAUCUCGGAGAUCUCCGAGGGUCGUACGACGGGGACAGACGAGAUGAGCGAGCGAGAGACCAUUGCGAGCGUGUCCCCCGUCCCUCUGUACGACUCGCCCGUGUUCUCGGUCGGCUCCAUGGAGUCCCCCACUCCGGAGGUGCUCCUCAACGGGUCCGGGGUGGGGUCCUCUGGAGUGCCACACCCCGACACUCAGCCCAACAGUCUCGACAGCGGAGUAAUUUCCGACCCUCUCUCGGGAAGCUGGGCUGGAAGUCUUGGUGGGAAUGGGAGUGAGGUACGUGGGACUGGGAAUGGGAACACGGACGAAGAGGAAGGGGAAAUAGACUUUGAGAAAUACUCGGCGGCCAUGUUGGACCCACUCCUCAAGACGGACACACUGAGGAGAGAGUUGGAGGCGAGUGUCGACCCCGCCCUCUUCCUGGACCCCCAAUUAGAGAGGCAACGACAGGAGAUGACCCGAAGGUCCUGGUUUCACAAGAGCACCUUGUCCCCCACCGCUGUCGUCGUGGCAACUGCUAAUGAUGGGGCGGAGUCUUUCUCCAGCGACAACGAAGAUUACAACGACAUGAAUCAAACUCCCACCCUCGGCCCUUCUUCUUCUUCUUCCUCGUCUGGCAGCACUGCGGUGGUUCAGGUGGGGUACUCCAAAGUUGAGAUAAUAACCUCCGAAGAUCCUCCGUUGAACUCCGACUCCACUCCUCGUGUGGAGUCACCGGUGUACUCCACUCCAGUGAAAAUGACUGGCCGUGGCCUCAGGGGAGCCGGGAAGACAGUGGACACGAAACAAGUAGAGGAGGACAAGAAUGAGGAGGAAGGAGCGGAGGAUGGGAAGGGAGACUGUGUGAAUAGAGAGAGAGAGGUGGAGGGAUGAAGGUGUCACCAUCUCUUACCAAGAAGCCUCUUCCCCCAGCACCCCCUCCAAAGAAAGUACCGCAUGCAGCAACCUGCUUGGCUCUACUGCCGUCUGACGAGAGAGAGAGUGGUGGUGAGGUGGGGGGAAACGAGGAAGGAGGGAGAGGAGAAGGGUAUGCCAAUUUUGCUAUUCUGCGAGGACUCACCGACCGGCGCGACAGGAGCCUCUCUAUCCCCUCUCCUCUCAAGAAACCGAUGCCUCUACCCAGGAAGGCGGAAACGCUGAACCGAGCAGACGAGAAUGGGCGUGGUCUCGGGCGGAGUCUCCCCGACAAUUUCAAACCAACUCCGCCCCCUCGUAAACCCACUCUUGUCUCGUCGUCUCCCUCGGGCUCUCCCCAGACCUCUCGAUCUCAGCAGCCCCCCUCGCAGAGACGACCACCCGUUUUGCCCAAACCUUCCCUCACACUCCCGAGAACUAAGCCCCGCCCCUCUCUGCACGCUCG